AUGAAAGUUUUCAAGUUGAUAGGAGGGCUAGUCUUCCUCACCUCUGUGUUUUCGGCCUGUUCCGGACAAAAUCCGAUGACUGUACUGUGCUCCAUAGACUGGUUCAUGGUCACCGUACACCCCUUCAUGUUGAACAGUGACGUAUAUGUGCACUUUCAUGAGUUACACUUGGGACUGGGUUGCCCUGCCAACCAUGUUCAGCCCUAUGCCUACCAGUUCACCUACCGUGUGACGGAAUGUGGCAUCAGGGCCAAGGCUGUCUCUCAGGACAUGGUUCUCUACAGCACCGAGCUGCACUAUGCUUCCAAGCGUACGUCGUCUAAGUAUGUGAUCCCUGUGUCCUGCACUGCCCCCCAACGUUCCCCGUGGCUCACGAUGCCCUGCUCCAGGAAAGUAGCCAGCGAGGGAGCCAUCACAACCCGGGAUGGUGAGACAUGCUAUGAGGUGUUCACCUUGUCACAGUCCAGCCAAAGGCCCAACUGUGAUUGUCCGCCUUGUGUCUUCAACGAAGAAGGGCAGACCCAGGGCCCAUAUCACCAAGCAGAGGCUCAGGAGGCGCAUCCCAUGCAGUUGUCUUCCUCUGUUAAUACUUCUGAGAACUGGUCUCUUCGCCUGGAUGAUCAGAUUGCGUCCAUGUGA